AAUGAAAACAUUUCUGACAUAACCCAAAGCGGAUUUGGACAGUGAGCUGUGAGAACCUCAAAGCUUAGAAUAAAGAAAAUGGAGAUUGGUGAGAUUGUAUGGGCGAAGGUACAAGAUGAUGAAUCUUCUGGCUCGCGUUGGUGGCCUGGUCUUAUUCAGACAAGGGAAGAACACACCCAUGGUUGCUUCCUCUUCUUGGUCUCCUUCUUCGACCAUCACUACCCUCGCCAUUUCCAACUCUCUCAAAUCCGUUCUUUCUCUGAAAACUUCCUCCAACUGUUCUCGGCCGAGGAUCUCGACGGUGGCGCCAUGCUCGAUUCCGCGUUGCGAUUGCUCUGCCGGAGGACCGCUCUGAGCCUCAGGUGUCGCUGCCGGUCGGAAAUAUCCGGGAGUUGGCUCGGACACUCGGAAUCGGUCGGUGGCACGAAGGCCUUUGAGGCGAAGAGCUCGUUUCGGCCCGAGGCGCUGCUGGGUUUCGUGCAGAACAAGGCUGUUUUGCCUUACGUUGAAGUUGAGGGUUUCAUCGGCGCGGUUAGAGGGAUUGCACAAAUACAGGUGCUUCGAGAUUUUAAUGCGGUCCGACAGAGGGAGGCUUACCGGGAAGCAAGGCGGGGCCGUCGCUGCCUUGAGAAAGGUACUCACUUAGAGCUACAGUAUUAUGCAUGUUCAGGUUUGGUUGAAGAUGAAGUACGUAAUUUAGAACCGGAUUCUAAAGGUCAGGUGUCUCCUAUUCCAGUGGACGUGAGCAUGGAAGCUGGUAUGGCAAGAAUUAUCAACCCAAUAACUCUUCUUUCAAAGGAAACAUAUCAACCCAUUAAAGGGGUUGUUCUGGAGAAUAAUGCAACUCAAUUUAAGCAAGGGGAGGGUCAACAAUCAGUUACUGAGAUGCUGGUAAAUUUGCGAUAUCUUGCAUUGGAUUCAUUUUGUUUAGAAGUAAAUUGCUUAAAUAUCACCAAGCAAAAUAUUUUGAGGUUCAGAAAUUUUCUUUCCCAUAAAGUUUCUGGUGUAUAUAUUAAAGACAAAAAGUGCUCUUCUUUGGAAAGCAGAGAAGCCUACUUUUCACACCUUGGUUAUUUCAAGACUCAGCGAAGUGUUAAUGAUGAUGAAAAUAAAUGUGAUGCUGAAGUUAGUUGCUCCAUUGUGCCUUACAUGGAAAGGCCUGGGAGACAACUUGGCUGUAAGAGAUCCUUUGACUUAAAAGCUGUUUCUGAUUCUCCUCUGAGGAAACUAAGGUUUAAAAGGCAGCUUGACCAAAGUGCUGUGUCUGAUUCUUCUUUUAAGUUUAGUGAAAGAAUAAACAGAAGUGAUACUGAGGUAGCUUUAUUUAAUGGUUUUUUGAAAGACCCUUCUUUUAAGUUGUGUCCUGCUGUACCUUUCUCUUCAUACAAUAGCAUUGAUCCUUAUGCAGAAAGAAGUAAUACUGGUUGGAAGGAAACUUCAAGUCAUAAUAACUUCUCAGGUUCCCCGGAUAAGUUAGAAAUUGAAAACUUUAGGGCCCAGAUCGCAACCUAUACAUGCAAUAGUAGCUUGUUGGAAGUUUUCCAUAACAUGUCUGAUUUUUCUAUCUGCAAAGAUUCAGAUCAUCAUGGUAGAAAUGUUGUUGAAAUUAGCAAGGAUCAGAAACUUAAAGUGGAAGAUACAUACCUGUCUUCUGUCAAGUUGGAAGAGCCUGAUGUGAAUGUUGGCAGUCUGAAAAAUAAUAGAACUUUCAUUACUUGUCGUUAUAAUGCAAGAGGUAAGAUUGGAACUAUGUUUCAGAGUGAAGAUAUGAAGGUUGAUAACGGCUUUACCACACUGCCAUCUUCUGCAGCUGACUUAAAUUUCAGCGAGAUAUUUGAUACUCAUGCUAAUGAUGUUGAGAACAGUGAAAACGAUUUGGAAACACAGGUAAAGUCAUCAGAGUUCCAUCUAAAUCAUAAUAAAAUUCGAAUGCAACCUUGUGAUAGUAAGGGUGUUACAUAUUGUAAAAACACCAAAAAUGUGAGCUCAACCGCAGCUUCAAAAGAUGGAAUUGAUGAUACUGAAAUGCUCCCCAAGGCUCUGCAAUCAAAGGCACUUGCCAGAUUUGCUGGCUCAAAAUCUCUAUUCUUGAAGUUUUCAGAAGAUUCUAAUCUGCCAUCAAAGCAGGAACUGGUAAAGAAAUUUUCUCCAUUUGGCUCAGUUGAUUAUGUAGAAACCAAAAUCUUCUGUUCUGCAGGGUCUGCCAAAGUGGCUUUCUUUAACCAAUCUGAUGCUGUUGCUGCAUACCAAUAUUCUAAUAGAAAGAAGCUUUUCCCUGGUCAACGAAAUGUUUGGUAUUGGUUUGAUUCAUUUGAAAGCACAAGAGGAAGAACGAAGCUAUUGACUAGGAAACAACUAGAACCUAAACUAAAGUCAUGUCUUCGAAACUCCAAAGCUCGUGGGAAUGAAGACAAAAAACAUAGGAAGGUGAGGUUUCUAAUGGAAACGUAGGCCUGGUAAUUGAAAUCUGCUGACAUGAAUUUGCAAGACUUUUUUGUAUCUUAACCAGAUGCUGAUGUUUAGAAAUCGAUUCUCUAUCUCGUUUUUAUUUAAGUUUAGAUGUCUUUUGACCACACUUGUAAAGAAAUGUAUAAAUUUAAUUUGACCAA